CUGGUGGUGGUAGAAGGUCAGCGGCCAAGCCUCCUAGGGCUAGACUGGUUUGAUGUCCUCGGCCUGGAAGUCACCGGCAUCAACUGCAUCUCUAACGCAGAGACUGAGGGUCUGGUCAAAGACUUUGCCAAGGUUUUUGACGGCACUUUGGGGCAAUAUACAGGUACGCCCAUCUCCUUUAGCCUUGAUCCACAAGUCGCCCCCAUCAAGCUAAAGCCACGCUGGGUUUCCUUUGCUCUCAAGGCUAAGGUGGAUGAACAACUGGACAAGCUGAUUGCCCAAGGAGUUUUGGAGCUGGUUGACCAUGCCAAGUGGGAAACCCCCAUCGUCAUGCCUGUCAAGCCAGAUGGGUCGGUGAGAAUCUGCGCUGACUACAAGUGCACGAUCAACAAGGCACUUCAACAGCACGCUUAUCUGGUUCCUGUUGUCCAACACCUGCUGCAUUCCCUGGGUGAGGCCCAGACGAUCGUCACCCACCGAGGGGCAUUCCGUUGCCGCCGGUUGCAGUUCGGGGUGAGUGUGGCUCCUGGCAUCUUCCAAAGCCUUAUGGAGCGUCUCCUGCAAGGGCUUCCGGGUGUGGUACCAUAUUUUGAUGACAUCUUGGUGCAGCCCUUUGCAACCAGACAACAUGAACUCUUAGCUCAUUGCGGCUGUCUGCUGUGGGGAGACCGCGUCGUGAUUCCCCAAAGACUCCGUCAAUGCUUCCUGGAGGCUCUGCACGUUGGCCACCUGGGAAUUGUCAAAAUGAAGGCGUUGGCUCAGUGUUACGUCUGGUGGCCUAACAUGGAUGAUGCCAUCACUGCCUGGGUGUCCGCCUGUCAGGCAUGCCAAGAAUCGAGGCCUGCACCACCGGCAGCUAAGGGCCACACCUGGGAGAUGCCAAAGACACCCUGGUUGAGGGUGCACAUCGAUCUGGCUGGCCCCUUUCACGGCCGGACCUUUAUGGUAGUGGUGGACGCCUAUUCCAAAUGGCUGGAGGUGGCUACUACCGAGGCCGUCAUCUGGGUGCUGCGAGGCCUGUUUGCGACGCAUGGGUGUCCUGAUGUCCUUGUCUCCGACAACGGACCGCAGUUCACGUCAGGCACUUUUGAGCGGUAUCUUUUGGGACUGGGCAUCCGCCACGCCCACGGACCCUUUCAUCCAUCCAGCAACAGGCAAGCGGAGAGAAUGGUGCGCUCGGCAAAAGAGGCACUGGUGCGCCUCCGCCACCUCAGAUCACCGCUCGACCGGCUGCAC